AUGCCCGCAGGACAAUUACGGCAGAUCGUGUCAAACAAGUCGCUGGAAGGCCAAGACAGCUCCGAGGACAUUCCGGGUCGCUUGAAGGCCGUUGAGGAGAAAGUGGAAGGCCUGCAGCACCAGAAGGGUCAAGACGUGGCGCUGCAAGCGGCCCUGGCGGCCGGCCGCGCGCCUUCUGGUGGUCUGCUUACUUCAGGGCAGCGCUCCAGUUUUUCUGACGGGUAUGUGGAAGGGCUCAUGCAAAAUUUGACGGCGCUCGAGGGCCUCAACGCCGGGGAUUUGGUAAGGCGAUUGGAUCGCAUGGACGCCAUGUUGGAGGAGCUCUUGGGCAAACACCGUGCAGCUUCUCCCCGCCCUCCGACUCCGACCGCGACGACUGCUGAGGGCACAGCAGGUCCUCCAUCUCCUCAGGAGCCACCGGGCACGCAGCCCCCGCCGCCCACGACACCUGCUCCACCAAUGCAAAUGGGGCCUUUGGCUUCAGUUGGAGAGGAAUGCGGCAUGAGCAGGGGAAUCCAAAGAAGCAGUCCUGCGAGUCCUACGCCUGGCGAUGAAGCGAUCACUUCGGAAGAUGGGAAGUCCCAGAUGUACAAUGGAGCAAAGCUGAUUGAGGUGACGUUGGAAAGAGAUAAGCAGACGCCGUCCUGGGGAUUGCUUUGGGACCGGAAAAGUUUUACCCGGAAGAAGCGAGUUCUGGAGUCUUUGAUGCCUAAGACCCCGGCGCAUGUGUGGAACGAGGAACGCAAAGGACGGGAUGAAGAUCAUCUCCAAAAAGGUGAUGAACUCGUGAAACUCGAUGGUCAAGAGGGAUGGGAACCUUGCAACGAGCUUCCAAAUAAGCACAAAGUGAAGCUGACCUUCCAAAGGGUUGAGGCAAAGGCUCGACGCCAGUCCAAGGCCAAAAUGGAUGGAUCGAUGCAGGCUUCGCGUCGGCAGAACCUGGGAAGCACCUCCAGCAACGGUCGAGCCGGUGGAGUGGAAGGUGCAAGCCUUCCCAGUCCCAAGACACCGACAGCGCCGGUGACUCCGCAUUCUCCGGACUUGGAAGCAACUUUGGAGCAUCCACAUUCGGCAGGGCGGCGCAAUAGCAAUCCAGAUGCGAUCCAAGUGCUGAAGGACAGCCUGGAAGACAUCAAGGGAACAGGCCUUGAAGAUCGUCCUUGUCCUGCUACACCUCCCGAAACCGAUGGGCACUUGGAGGUGAGCGAUCCCUCCACACCACUACCGAGGGAGGAGCGUGACAUCGUCGUAGAGAGGAUCAUUGAGCAUUCUGUGUCGCGCAGGUCGUCUGGCAAGCCAAGCAUAGCUUCGCUCAUGACUGAGAACAUCCAAGAGUUGACAAAGCUGGCAAAUUAUCUAUCGGAGAAGAAGGUGGAACCAGCCUUGCAGAUCGUGAUUGAGACGAUGGCCAAGACUUCGCCAGGACCACAGAAGGAAGGACCAGAGGGGGAAGAGGCUGAGCCCGUGCCUGUAACGGCAGCUCAUUUCCUCUUGGAUCUCCUGGCCCACUUGAGGGAUUGCAAGGAGAAAGAGGAAGCGAAGCUCUUGUCCUGA